UCACACAGGUGGUUCAAAUACCUUACGACCAAUCGUCGAAAAUAAACAGAAGCAAGGAAGGAACGGGGAUAAGGUUUUUCGAUCAAGAUAUCACGGCACAUUUUUGCUUCAAACACAGCUUAGCAUAACCGGUGGACAAGUAUUUAUUGUAUAGCUUUGCUUGGAGUUUUCAUGGCCAUGAACGACGCAUUAAUUUUCCGAGUUAGUGCAUUCUCCGAGCAAGGAGGAAGGAGAUACAUGGAGGAUGUUAUUGAGUUUAAAGUGGAGUACGAACCGCCUGAACCAGAGCCAGCAGAGGGUGGUCUGAAUUCGGUAGAACAACAAGGGGAGUCAAAAGUAGAGAAACAGGAGAAUGGGCAUACUGAGCAGACCAUAAUAAGCAAUUCCCCCGACAACGUUCAAGAAUCGGUGCCUGUUAGUGCAAUGUGGACAGAAAACAUAACAAGUGAGAAGCAUGAGGACAUUUCCCAGGCAGAAGUUCCAGCAGUGCACACGGUCGUUCGGAAGUCUGUGGCGUUUUUUGGUGUCUUUGACGGUCACGGAGGGCGAGAAGCUGCUCAUUUUGCUCGAGACAAUCUGUGGGGUAUUCUGAAAAAGCAAAGGGGGUUUUGGUCAGAAGAUCAAGGAGAAGUCUGUGAAGCAAUUCGGAAGGGGUUCAUUGCCUGCCACCAUGAUAUGUGGAAAGAGCUACCUGAGUGGCCCAAGACUCUGACCGGCCAGCCCAGUACUGCAGGAACAACGGCCAGCAUAGUGCUGAUCCGGGGGAAUCUGAUGUACGUAGCCCAUGUAGGGGACUCGGCAGUGGUUGUUGGGGUGAAAGAGCCCGGUGAAAAGAACAUCAGGGCCUUGGAAGUCACACAGGACCACAAACCUGAACUUCUCAAAGAGAAGGAACGCAUUGAGAGACUUGGGGGCAGUGUAGUGAAGAAGUCCGGGGUGAACCGUGUGGUGUGGAAGAGGCCCAGACUGACCCACAAUGGCCCUGUCAGGAGGAGCACUGUCAUAGACCAGAUUCCCUUUCUCGCUGUGGCCAGAGCGUUGGGGGACCUGUGGAGCUAUGACUUCUACAGUGGGGAGUUUGUGGUCUCUCCAGAGCCUGAUGUCACUGUAAUGACCAUUGACCCUAAGAAGCACCGCUACAUCAUCCUGGGUAGUGAUGGCUUGUGGAACAUGAUGCCAGCUAAGGAUGCUGUCGCUAUGUGUGAGUGCCAUGACCAGAUGGUGGGCCCUAAGGGAUGGUCCUGUGCCAAACGGUUAGGAUGCACGGCCUUGCUGUUCUGGCGCCAGCGCAUGCUCCGUGCAGACAACACAACGGUCAUAGUGAUAACCGUGCAGCACCCUGAUGAGCCACCUAUGACCAUGCACCUACAGGAGCUCUAUGUCAAUAUGGCAGAGGGCCUUGAUAAGAUCCCCCCCGUUACAACCGCUAACUCUCCCCGCCAUUACGACUGCCCCAUUAUGCAGAACCCAGAGGUAAACACUGUGUCCUCUGUGGGUGAGCCUCUCCCCCUCCCAGCUCUGGAGUGGAGGAACAGCCUGUGUGAGGCUGGUCUCUGUCCCUCUUCAGAGCCCCUGGCAGAGGUGGACUCUCAGAGAGUGACUCCAACAGACAGAACCUUGAACGUUUGUGCAAUUGAAGGCACAGGGACUCCAGGGUUCUCGGCAUCAUCCACCCCUCUGGUGAGGAGGCUUCGUAGGCCCCCACACACUCCCCUCUCCCCCAGCAUAGCACACCACAGCCUUGGUCGGUCCCCUCACAGUCCCUUGUCUCCCAGGAUGCCUCGCCGCAGCCUGGCCCGUUCUCCACGCAGUCCCUUGUCCCCUAGAACGUCUCGCCGCAGACUCAGUGACCGAACCCCUCUGAGGCGAGGUGGAAAGGGACAGAGACGCUCCCCCAAUGUUCCCGUCAUCCUACCACAGAAACGCAAAGCUGCCUUGUGUGUGUGCUGAACCUCAUCUUACCACGGACGACAGACAGGCAGGCAGACAGACAGAUUGACUAGGAUGAUGACCUUUAUCAUUCUGCAAAGAGAUGCAUAAGGGCAUCUGAACAUUGUGUGCUCAUGUAUCAACAGUAUGCCACUGUUCCGUUCAUAGAUUAAGUAUACUUUUAUAGUGGAGUCUGGUACCAUCUAAACAUUUUUGGUAAAAUGUGAUGUUUGUGUAUAUGCUUACUUUACAUCUUAAAUGUUUUUAUGAUCUUUUGUUUAUUAACUGUUUUAAUGGAAAAAAUAUUUUAUCUAGUGUAUAUUGUUGGUCAUAUUUCCACCCCCUUUUAUGUUUAAAAUAAUAAUAAAUAAAUAAAAAUCCCAUAUUCUGUA